UGGACCCGGCCGAGUCAGACGCAACUCCCCCGGCUCCCGCGAUCUUGACUCUGGGCGAUGGAGAACGGAGCAGUGUACAGCCCCACCACUGAGGAGGAUCCGGGUCCCGCCAGGGGCGCCCGGAGCGGCCUCGCUGCCUACUUCUCCCUGGCCCGGCUCCCUUGGUAUCGGCGGGUUCUCAAAGGCUUGCAGCUGUUGCUGUCUCUGCUGGCAUUCAUCUGUGAAGAAGUUGUAUCACAAUGCACAUUGUGUGGAGGACUUUACUUUUUUGAAUUUGUAAGCUGCAGUGCCUUCCUUCUGAGUCUCCUUCUGCUGAUUGUGUAUUGUACUCCAGUGUAUGACAGAGUUGAUAACACAAAAGUAAAAUCAUCGGAUUUUUACAUUACAUUGGGAACAGGAUGUGUAUUUUUGUUGGCAUCUAUCAUUUUUGUUUCUACCCAUGACAGAACCUCAGCUGAAAUUGCUGCAAUUGCGUUUGGAUUUCUAGCAAGUUUUAUGUUUCUGUUUGACUUUGGUGCUAUGCUUUUUGAAAAGCUACAGGAGUCCCAGCUAAGAAAACCUGAGAAUACCACUCGAGCAGAAGCCCUCACUGAACCCCUUAAUGCCUAAAGACUCUGGGGAGCAGGUGUUACACAAGAUGGUGACUCUUGGUGGUGAUGCCUGAGCUCUGGCAGAAGGUCCUGUAGAAUUUGUGUAAUUGCUUAAACCACUUCUUUGGAGAAUUGGGGGAAUAGCAGGAAGGCAGGUUUAUCAAUAUUAGGCUGUGUUUUCAGUCACCACAGUCUAGAGUAGAGGGUUUUUUAUUUUUAAUUGUAAAAAAAAACCAAAAACCUUAAAA